UUAGAAAGAAAGUUUAGGGUUAGCUACCAUUAUCUUAGAUUUGUAGCGCCCUUCUGCUGGAAUAUUUCCUGGAUAUCAAAUGAAUUUUCUUCGCUGAAAACUGCAUCCACACUAAUUACUUCUGUAGAAAUCCAGUAGUUUGAGUGAGGCAGUCAUGUUUGGAAGUUCAUCUAGUGACCAAUCUAGUUCAGGUUUAAGUGGUUCAGGUGCUCUAUCCCAUGUUUAUAUCAAGCACCCACCUUUGAGAUGCAGCAUUCCUGAAACACAUGGAAUUUUUUAUGAUGAUGGGAAUAAGCUAAUUCUUUCUCCUACAUCAGAUCAGGUAUUGUCAUGGAAAAUUGCUCAAUGUUCCCAGUAUGAUCCACCCAAUUCUGAUUCAGUAAGUGAGGGUCCCGUGCUGUCUAUUCGUUAUUCUCUCGAUAAAAAGGUUAUAUGCAUUCAACGGUCAAAUCAAGAGAUUCAAUUAAAAAAUAGACAAACUGGCAACUCUUUUAGCUGGAAGUGCAAGCCAGAGUCCGAAAGUAUACUUGGUUUUUUCUGGUCAGAUUGUCCAUCUUGUGACCUCAUAUGCGUAAAAACUAGCGGUAUAGAAUUGCUUUUGUAUGAUGCUGAGUUGAACUCCCUCCGAUUAAUGGAAGCAAAACGUUUCAAUGUGUGCUGGUAUGUCUACACCCAUGAAAGUCGGAUGGUUCUUCUUGCCUCUGGAAUGCAAUGCACAACUUUCUAUGGAUAUCAGUUUUCAUCUGGAGGAAUCGUCCGAUUACCCAAAUUUGAGAUGACUAUGGUCAAAACUGAGGCAAACCAGAAACCUGUGCUUGCUGUUGAGGAUGUUCAUAUUGCUACUAUCUAUGGGAGGAUUUACUGCCUGCAACAUGAUAGGACAGGGAUGAUAUUAAACUUAUAUAGGUUUUAUCGUGAUGCUGUUGUGCAUCAGGGAACUAUUCCAACUCACUCAAACAGAAUUGCUGUCAGCGUGGUAGAUAACGUACUUCUAGUCCAUCAAGUUGAUGCAAAAGUUGUUAUAAUCUAUGAUUUGUAUUUGGACUCUCUGGCUCCAAUAUCUGCUCCAUUGCCCCUUCUUUUAAAGGGAGUUUCUAUUAAUGGAAAGCAGGCUGGGGAUAACCUUGCAAGUUCAUAUGGUGCAAUGUUAUAUGCAGAGAGAUGGUCUUUUUUUGUUCCAGAUCUUAUCUGUGAUCUUGAUCAUGGACUAUUAUGGAAGAUUUACUUGGAUUUGGAGGCUAUAGCUGCCAGUACUUCAGACAUACCUUCUGUUCUAGAGUUCCUUCAAUGGAGAAAGUACGAUACAAGGAAAAGUAAGCUAUUAUGCCUAGCAAUUAUGCGAUCGAUUAUUCUAGAAAGAAGGCCUGUUUCAAUCAUAUCGAGUGCCAUUGAUGUGCUUGUAGCUGCUUACUCUCACGUAGUAAAAGCAGGAAGUGCUUUGCAUGGUGGAGAUAGAAGGACAUUUUCCGAUUCUUUAUUUGAGGAAUCCAUCUGUGGGAAUAAGAAUAAUGAAAAUAAUGUCACGAAGGAAUCUUCAAGCAGAGCAGAUGGACACUCCAAUGUUGCUGCAGUAUCUGCUGCAUCCACUGCCCAAACUUGUUCUGUUUCCAGUUCUGAUGCUGAUACAGACUUGGAAUCAAGGAACCCAUCAACUCAGCACCAUGACCUUUCCUUGUCUGGUGAUAGCAGCGUUAAAGAAAAUAGGGCUGAAACACCUGCAGUGAAAAGGGAAGAAUCAUCAGCUCGUACUGAGACAUUCGAAAGUAGAAACAGUUCGAUUGAUUCUGGCAAUUUUAGUAAUCAAAAUUCUCAGCUUUUGACUCCUGCGAUUUCGCCAGAUGAAAUGUACCAUUCUGUCUUUUCCAUUGUUGAGGAUGAAAUGAGUGGAGAUCCAGCAUAUUUUGUUGCUAUUAUUAUCGAGUUUUUAAGAAGUGUAUUCAAGGAAAAGCUAAAGGUUCAUCCAAAACUUUAUGUUAUGACUAUCCAGUUAUUGGUACGUAGCAAUCGUUAUGCUGAAGUUGGAUUAUUGGUAAUAAACAAGGUUUUGGAGCCUUCCAAAGAAGUUGCUUUGCAAUUAUUUGAUUCAGGUCGCCAGAAUUUACAAAUACGGAAGUUGGGGAUUGAUAUGCUUAGACAACUUUCUUUACAUCAUGAUUAUGUGAAUCUUCUUCUACAAGAUGGAUACUACCUUGAAGCUUUGCGCUAUGCCAGAAGAAAUAAGGUUAUUACUGUCAGGCCAUCUUUGUUUCUGGAAGCAGCUCUUGCUACCAAUGACCCUCAACAACUCGCAGCUGUCAUGAGGUUCUUCUCUGAUUUCACCCCAGGCUUCAAGAGUACAGCUGAACAUAGUAGGUAUCAUGGAAUUUUAACUGAACUGAGCUAACUUCGUAACUGCAAUCUUCUUCAAUGCUUUUAAAGAAGGGGAAAGGAAUGGAUACUUAUUCUGGAACUGAAUGAACUGGGAAAUAUUGAUUGGGUAAACUUCUGAAUGCUUUCUGUAAGAUACAGGAGUUUUAUAUAGAUAAAGAUAUAUUCUGGGGAUUAUAGCGAAGUCUUAAAAAAAAUGUUUAUGAAAGAUAAUCUGACCGUAGUUUGUUUACAAACUCUUUCACAAA